AAAUUGUCCUCCAAGAAUCGUCCUCCUGUCCUGUGUAUCUUUCACUAUAUAUACGCGCCAUUUCCUGACCUGUUUUCAUCCCACAAUUCAAACCUCAACAAAGAUCCUACACUGAUACACAACACACAUAUAGGAACAGAGUCCCCCCCCCUGUCUUCUGAAAGUCCUCUGCCUUCCUUCAUUUUCUUCUCACUAGCAAUGGCCAACAGCAACAACCAUAGCGAUGUCAGGCUCAUCGGCGCCUGGGCGAGUCCGUUCGUGAUGCGCCCCAGGAUCGCCCUCAACAUCAAAUCCGUCGAGUACGAGUUCAUCGAGGAGCAAUUCGGUUCCAAGAGCGAUCUCCUGCUCAAAUCCAACCCCGUCCACAAGAAAAUCCCCAUCCUUCUGCACAGCGACAAACCCAUCUGCGAAUCCAACAUCAUCGUCGAGUACAUUGACGAGGUCUGGUCCUCCGGACCUUCCAUCCUCCCCGCCGACGCCCACGACCGCGCCGUCGCGCGCUUCUGGGCUGCCUACAUCGACGAAAAGUGGUUUCCGAACUUGAAGGGGGUGAUAACUGCAGCAAACGAGGAGGAGAAGAACGCGGCUGUGGAUCAGCUGAGGGAAGUUGUACUACAGAUGGAAGGAGCAUAUGGAGAGGUGAGCAGAGGGGAGGAUUUCUUCGGCGGGGAGAAGAUUGGGUUUGUGGACAUUGCAUUUGGGAGCAUGUUGGGAUGGGCGAGAGCCAUUCAAGUGAUGGCUGGAGUGAAGCUUCUUGACGAGGAGAAGACGCCUGGUUUGGUGAAAUGGGCUGAGAAAUUCUCUGCCGAUCCGGCUGUUAAGGAUGUCCUUCCUGAAGCUGAGAAGCUCGUCGAGUUUUCCAAGCUCCUCAGUGCCAAAUUCAAAACUGCAGCAGCCUCCUCUUAGAACAUAGAGCGAUAUUUGGGCGAUUGUUGUAUUCUGGGUCUGGUUUUUUUUUUCAGCGUUAUGUUUGUAGUUUCAUGUGGAGUGAAUAGCUAUCUUUUUUUAUGUUUUACUCUGUUUUGGUCACUGAACAGAGUAAUUACAGCAUUUGUUUCUUUAACUGUCUAUGCACUUUGUGGUAUUGG